AUGCCUGGCAGGCUGGCUUCAACGGCGAGCUUUUGCCAAGCACCUAGAUUCUUGGCCCCAGCUCCAAAGAACAACAAUCCGCUUGCGACCAGAUUCCCACACCGGCUUCCCCACGCCCCCUGGUAUCGUCCGGCCGCCACGAGACAAGACACUUCACGCCCGAAACCGACAAUGAGCUGGCUCUACCCCUUCGCGAGCAGCAGCUCCCACCGCCGCCGUCGCUCCAAAGACCGCCACAGCACGCAUCACCACUCUUCGCGCCACUCCACCCGCGCACCCUCCAUUUUCAGCCUGGGUAGCUAUGCCAACCGCUCCACGGCCUCUUCGGUCCAUUCUUCCGGCUCGUCGUCCCGCCGCGCAAAGCCGCGGUCGGGCUUCAUCGCGCGCAUCGUGCAUAAAAUCAAGCGGCUGUUCAGACAUAUCGUGCACUAUGCAAAGAAGCAUCCGAUGAAGGUCUUUUUCAUGGUCAUCAUGCCGUUGAUCACAGGGGGUGUGCUGCAGAAGCUAUUGGGCGCGGUGGGGAUUCGGGUCCCGAAGAGCCUGAUGGGUGGAAGCUCGAGAGGCGGGGGGAGUGGAGGCGGCGGCUUCGACAGCGGCGGAAUCGGGGAAAGCGUUCAAGGGUUGAUGUCGGUUGCGAAAAUGUUUUUGUAA